AGCGAGUAGCCUCCUGCAGCCCGAGCUAGAAUCCGAUCACUUACACUCUUUCUUGACCUCCAACUGCAUCCUCCUUCUGGCUAUACCGGCUCCCUCAAACUUUAACCAACCAUCACGAUGCACGCCCUCACCAGCACCCUGGUGGCUGCCGCCAUUGUCCAGGGCGGCCUUGCUGCCACUGUGCCUUCCCACGCCCGCCUCGGCCUGGCUGGCACCGCCUCGUUCGUGGCGCCCCGCAAGACGCUCGAGAACUUCAACGGCGCCCUGUCCGUCUACAACGCCCACUUGAAGUUCGGCGCCACUCCUCCCCCGGCUCUCGCCGCGCUCGUCGCCAACAUCACCUCCGCUGUCAACCAGCGCCGGUCUACCGGCUCCGUCACCACUUCUCCCAUUGACAGCGAUGAUGAUGCGUACGACGCCAACGUGCAGAUCGGCACCCCUGCCCAGACCCUGAGCCUCGACUUCGACACGGGCUCUUCGGACCUGUGGGUGUUCAGCAGCGAGACCCCGAGCAGCCAGCGCAACGGCCAGAGCAUCUACACGCCGUCCAAGAGCAGCACUGCCUCGAAGCUCAGUGGUGCCACCUGGCAGAUCUCGUACGGCGACGGCUCCUCGUCCAGCGGCGAUGUCUACAAGGACACCGUCACCAUCGGCGGCCUGACCGUCACUGGCCAGGCGGUCGAGUCCGCCAAGAAGGUCUCGUCGAGCUUCACCCAGGAGUCCGCCACGGACGGCCUCGUCGGCCUCGCCUUCAGCAGCAUCAACACCGUCAGCCCCACGAAGCAGAAGACCUUCUUCGACAACGCCAAGUCGGCCCUCAACAGCCCCCUCUUCACCGCGGACCUGAAGCACCAGGCUGCCGGCAAGUACAACUUUGGCUACAUUGACACGGCCGCCUACACGGGCUCCAUCACCUACGUGCCCGUCGACACGUCCGAGGGCUUCUGGGGCUUCACCUCGUCCGGCUACGCCGUCGGCAGCGGCUCCUUCAAGUCGACCAAGACCUCGGGCAUCGCCGACACCGGCACCACCCUGCUCUACCUCCCCGACUCGGUCGUCUCGGCCUACUACGGCCAGAUCAAGGGCGCCGGCAACGACGACUCGGUCGGCGGUUACACCUUCCCCUGCAGCGCCACCCCUCCCAGCUUCACCUUUGGCGUCGGCUCGGGCCGCAUCACCAUCCCCGGCAGCUUCAUGAACUUUGGCGACGCCGGCGAUGGCAGCUGCUUCGGCGGCAUCCAGAGCAGCGACUCCAUCGGCAUCAACAUCUACGGUGAUGUCGCUCUCAAGGCCGCCUUUGUCGUCUUCAGCGGCACCAGCUCCCCCCAGCUCGGCUGGGCUUCCAAGAGCCUCUAAGCUGCAGGCGGGCCCUUGCGUGUUGCCUGGGUCUAGAUCAAAGCUGGCUACAGCUUUGUCUAACGAGCGAGGAUUUGAAUUGAGGGGAUGAGCGGUGGGAAAUGGAUCGAGAUUCGAGAUCUAGCCGAUGGGGUUGGGCUUGCUUUUUACAUUCUUUUGCAGAACGACUGGACUGGGGACUCCGUUCCUGUAGUAGAGCCGGGACGAGAUCAGCGAUUUUGCUUAUCACAAAGGUGGGCGGGGGUGGUUUUCUGCAGUGUCGGCGGGUCGACUUUGUUCUUCUUGCACAUAUGCCGAGUUGCGAGUGGUGCUCCGUACAUAGCUUGAUAUGUCCUUCGGUAUGCUUGAAAUGGAUGAUGAUCAUA